AUGGAGUGUUUUCCGGGUGAUCCUGAUCAAAAAUUGAGUGUGAGAUGCUUGCGAUUUCAUAAAACUGGAGAUCCACGGAAAGUAAGUGAAAUGAAAAAGUGCUUCAAGAGAGACGGCCGGAUUUUAAUGACAAUUCAUAUAUUCCGGGUGCCUUUUAGGUGCUCCAAUUAGAUCGUAUCUUCAUCUCCACCAAUCUGAAGCCAAACGAAGUGCUGAUCCGAUAUCAAGCAGCCACAAUCUUGCCGGCUCAUAUCAAUAUUGUUGAAGGGACCUAUGUUGUGAAGGCAAUUCCUCCCGCAAUCCCUGGAAAUGAAGCUAUUGGAUUUGUGGAAAAAGUAAGAUUGAGUGUAUUUCUGCUCUGUGCCUCUUAAUCCCGACCAAUUUCUUUAUCAAAACAUAAUUUUUUGGCUUAAAAUCACCAUCGAUGUCAUGUAUAAUAUAAUUUAAAUUCCAGAUCGGAUCAGAUGUCCGUUCCCUUCAAGUUGGCGACAAAGUAAUUCCAUUGGACUCAAAAGGAGCCUGGACUGAGUAUGAGAUCCAAACAGAAGACAAAUGCUUCAAAAUUCACCCAUCUGUGGAUAUAGGAACAGCCGUAACAAUGCUCAGCAACCCAAUUACUGCGUGGAAAAUGCUCAAAAAGUAUGUCAAAUUGGAAAAAGGAGAUCUUAUUGUGCAAAACCUGGCCAAUUCGCAUUGCGGCCAGUCGGUGAUUCAGAUCGCAAAUGGUAAUUUUAUGUAUAUUUGUACAUGAUGAUGAAUAUUUUUUUGAAGUUUUUGAAAAUUAAACUAAUCUAAUGAGGUAUCUUUUAGCCCUCGGUUACAAAACAGUGAAUGUAGUGCGGAAUCGUCCGGAUAUUGAAGAUCUGAAGAGACAAUUGAAAGAUAUGGGAGCUGAUUUUGUUUACACUGAAGAGGAAUUUGUGAAUAUUUCAAAAAAUUUCCAAAAGACCUUCGGAACCCAGCCCAAAUUGGCAUUAAAUGGGGCAGGAGGGAGGAGUUCGUUGGCGUUGGCCGGAUGUUUGGCCAAUAACGGAAUUAUGUUGGUAUAUGGUAAGAUUUUUUUCAAAAAAUGAUGACUGUAUAAACGAAACAAAAAUUUCUAUAAAAAUGAUUGUUUUAAGGGAAUAUUUUUGAUCCAAAUAACCGUUAUUUACAGGUGGAAUGUCCAAGAAGCCCCAUCAAAUCUCCACGGCAGCUCUGGUCUUCAGAAAUAUCCGGGUUUUGGGGGUCCCAGCUGGAUUUUAUUUGAGGCCAGAAAACCAAAAAGAAAGAUUGGAAUUUCUGAAUGAAGUUCAUGUAAGAAAAAGUUUAUACAAGUACUUUUCCACCUCUAAAAUUUGUUUUGAUUAUGAUUUUUUCAGAAACUAGCGAUCGAAAAGAAAUUACGAGGACCGGAAAUGGAUUUUGUCCCAAUGGAGAGGUUUUUAGAGGCCAUGGAGAAGACUUUAUCAGGGAAGAAUCGAAAACAGUUGUUGAUCCUGGACCCAGUUAUUAGCUCAAGAUUGUAA